GGACCAGACCGGAUGUGCCGUCGCUAAUCAUUCAGUGAGCGGAGCCGCAGCUAACCUGGGAAGCAGUCUGAGCUUACGGCCACACAACGGCUGGAGCGAGGGGGCGCUGAGUGAAGCUGCACUGACGUUUCAAUACAAGUGUACCAUGUUUAAUGCUGUGGGGAACUCCCGAAAACAAUCCAGGCGUAAGAACAUGUCACCUCAUGGCUCCAGUUCUAGGGACUCGAAAACAAUUCACAUCAAUGAAGAAGUCAAAGUAGCAGUGAACCUCUCGUUGGAGAGGUUUCGCUACAGUGAUGAAAAAGAGAUGGAAUUCCCGUCUUCCUUGUCCACCACUGAGAGAGCGUUUGUUCAUCGACUGGCACAGUCUCUGGGUUACAUUUCCAAGAGCAAAGGAAAAGGAUCCAGUCGUUUUCUGACUGUCAGAAAAAAGGCUGUUUCAGACAAACCUCAGCCCACUACAGCCCUCGAUCUGUGCUCCAGCUCCCUAUAUUUCAUCCGCAGCCUGCUCCAGAGAUUUCCCACCAGCAAGAAGGAACGCACAGACAUGUAUUCCACCAUCAAAAGUGGCAUGUCUUUGGCUACAGAAACAAACAGCAGCUUUGACAAGAACAGAGCAAGUGGGCGCCUGAACAAUGGCAUUCCUAUGGUUCCUAAGAAAAGGGCGCCAUCAGAACUGGACGUUUUCCGAUGCUCCCUACCCGUGCACGAACACCAGGAGCAGAUUGUCCGACUGAUCAGAGAAAGCAGUGUGGUACUUGUUGUGGGAGAGACUGGCUCUGGAAAAACUACGCAGAUCCCACAGUUUUUGUUAGAUGACUGUAGCAGAAAUGGCAAACCCUGCAGGAUUUUCUGUACUCAGCCCAGACGCCUGGCUGCCAUCGCUGUGGCUGAGAGAGUAGCCGCUGAGAGAGGGGAGAGUGUGGGCCAGACGGUGGGUUAUCACAUCAGACUGGAAAGCAGGGUCUCUCCCAAGACACUGCUGACCUUUUGCACAAGUGGAGUCCUCCUCAGAACACUGAUGGCAGGGGAUACCAGCCUUACUACUGUUACCCAUGUCAUUGUGGAUGAGGUUCACGAGCGCGAUGGUCUGACUGACUUCCUUCUCACUAAGAUGCGAGAUGUUCUUCAGAGGAUUCCCACGUUGAAGCUGAUUCUCUCUAGUGCAGCUUUGGAUAUAAAUCUGUUUCUCCAGUACUUUGGUUCCUGCCCAGUAAUCCACCUUAAAGGGAAACUCUUUGAAGUGAAAGAGCUCUUCCUGGAGGACAUUCUGAGGCAGACAGGCUUUAACAGAAAAGACAUCUGGAAAUACCAGGAAGAGACCCAGAGAAAAGAGGGGAAACAGAAACGAUUGACAGAGUGGUGUGAGACAGUGGGGACCAGUUCUGUUGGUGGGAAACGGACCCAAGUGUUGGCUCCAGGCUUCCUUCAUGCCAGCGGUUGUGGGGACAAAGAAGAUGAAGGCUUCAUCAAGCUGAAUGAGAAUGACACAGAGCAGCUUGAACCAUGGCUGCUGAGGGAGAUGGACUCCUGCAUUUCCAACAUUUUCUUGCAUGAAGACCAGGAGGCUUUCAGUCAGCUCUUCAACCUCAUUCUAAAUGAAGGUGUCCAUGUGGACUACAUGCACAGUGAGACUGGGUCCACGGCUCUGAUGGUUUCAGCAGCACGAGGUUUCCUUCCACAAAUACAGCAACUGCUUGGUAUGGGUGCUGACAUCAACCUGAAGGCAUCUAAUGGAUGGACUUCCUUAGAUUUUGCUAAACAUUUCCAGCAGGCAGAGGCUAUGGAUAUACUCAAGUCUUCCAUUCCUCUGGGGGAAGUGAGCAACCAGGAGGAAUCAGCUUUGAUACAAUGCAGUCGCACAGAGCUGAGCAGUGAAGAACAAGAGCUCCUCAAACGGUACCACCACAGCUUUGAUGACCAGCUGGUGGACCUCGAUCUCAUCAUGACGUUGCUCCACAACAUCUGCACCACCACUGAUGAGGGUGCUGUCCUCAUAUUUCUUCCUGGAUAUGAUGAUAUUGUGUCAUUGAGGGAUCGCAUCCUGUUUGAUGAUAAGAGGUUCUUCACCCAAUCUGAGAGUUACCAGGUUUUCACACUGCAUUCAGACAUGCAGACUCUGGAUCAGAAAAGAGCCAUGAGGCCUGCUCCAGCUGGUGUCAGGAAGAUAAUUCUCUCUACUAACAUCGCUGAAACAAGCAUCACCAUCGAUGAUGUAGUCUUUGUCAUUGAUUCAGGAAAAGUCAAAGAGAAGUCCUUUGAUGCGCUGAGUCGUGUUUCUAUGUUGAAGACAGUUUGGGUCUCAAAGGCCAGUGUUCUGCAAAGAAAAGGAAGAGCUGGCCGCUGUAGACCUGGGAUUUGCUUCCACCUAUUCAGUCGUUUUAGAUUCAACAACAUGCAAGAGUUCCAGGUUCCACAGCUGCUACGAAUGCCACUGCAGGAACUGUGUCUGCAGACCAAGCUGCUGGCUCCUUCAUCCUGUCUAAUUGCUGAGUUCUUGUCUAAAGCUCCACAACCUCCUCCCACACAUGCAAUCCAGAGUGCUGUUCAGAUGCUGAAGAUAAUAGAUGCUCUGGAUCAAAAUGAAGACCUGACCGACAUGGGGUUCCACCUGGCUGAUCUACCUGUGGAGCCCCACCUGGGCAAAAUGGUGCUGUGCGCCGUUGUGCUCAAGUGCCUUGAUCCCAUUCUCACAAUUGCCUGCACUCUGGCCUAUCGUGACCCUUUCACCCUUCCCACUGAAAGCUCUCAGAAAAGAGCUGCUCUGCAGAGCCGCCGCCGGUUCACUUCCAACACCUUCAGUGACCACAUGGCCCUGCUCAGAGCUUUCCAGGCAUGGCAGAAGGCUCGCACUGAAGGCUGGGAGAGAUCUUUCUGUGAAAGGUACUUCCUGUCCCAGUCUACCAUGGACAUGAUUCUUGGUAUGAGGACACAGCUGUUGGGACAACUCCGUGCUAUUGGUUUUGUACGUGCCCGUGGAGGCAGCGACAUCCGGGAUGUAAACCUGAACUCUGAAAACUGGGCCGUCGUAAAAGCAGCCCUGGUGGCUGGCAUGUAUCCAAACAUGGUUCAUGUCAACAGGAAGACCUCUCUGCUCUCCACUAGCAGAGAGAAGAAAGUUCAUUUCCAUCCAACAUCAGUCCUGAGCCAGCUUCAGAUAAAGGAGAACAGCAGCUCACAAUCAGCUCAGACCCUUCCCACAGACUGGUUGAUCUAUGAUGAGAUGAGCAGAGGUCACAGGAUGGCCAGUGUCCGCUGUUGCUCCAUGGUGACUUCUAUCACAGUGGCCGUGUUUGCAGCCGGUACCAAACUUCUCAGUCCUGCCCUUCAGGAACCAGCUGUACAAAAAAGGAAUGAAAGUCCACUGGAUGACAUGAGUGACAGUGACACAGAGGAUCUGGCAGAGAUAAAGAUCGAUGACUGGCUUGCUUUCCAGCUAGAUAGAGAGACUGCAGGACUGGUGUCUGAACUCAGACAAAAGUGGCAGAAUUUGUUCAUAAAGAGGAUCCGCUGUCCUUCCAAACCCUGGUCUCAACAAGAUGAGACUGUCAUCCAGACCUUAGUGUCUGUGCUGGGAGCUGAGGAGCAGGAAGCUGGCCUGCAGCAGCCUACAGGGAUCGGUCAGCGGCCCAGACCUAUGUCAUCGGUGGACGGGCCAAGGUCAUCAGUGAGGAUCUCCAAGACCGGCCCCCAGCUACCCACUCAUACCACAAAUGAUAAGCCUUGCCAAAUGCCGUCCCCAGACCUGCCCAAGACUACCAGCCACAGCAGAGAUGACGUCUCCCUGGCCAUAAAGAAGCUUUGGGAUAAUCCCUCUUCUUCCAGUAGUUCUUCUUGCUCUUCGGCUCUGGACGGGCAUCCUGAAUCGCUCUGCCCUUCCUCCUCCAGGAAGCUGACCUUAAAACCUGUGUCCCAGAAGCCUGCUCUUUCAUCGGUCCGAUAUUUCAUUAUGAAGAGCAACAGCAUCAGAAACAUAGAAAUUUCCCAGCAGAAAGGUAUCUGGUCUACAACACCAAGCAACGAGACCAAACUCACCCAAGCCUUCCUGGGAAAUAGCUUCAUCAUUCUCAUCUUCUCUGUCCAGGGCUCUGGACACUUUCAGGGCUACGCUCGCAUGACAUCCAUCGUCAGCCAGGACAGCUGUCAGGACUGGGGCUUCAUGGGGCUUGGAGGAGUUUUCAACGUAGAGUGGAUUCAUAAAGAGAGUCUUCCUUUCCCCUGCACCCAACACAUUCUCAACCCAUGGAAUGACAACAAGAGAGUUCAGGUCAGCAGGGAUGGACAGGAGUUGGAGCAGCAAGCUGGUAGCCAGCUUCUGUCACUGUGGGAGAGGAACUCUGGGAAUCAGCUUCAUUAACGUUGGACUCCUCUUGACUAAUACUAACAGAGAUCCUUACUCUGUGUUUCUCAGCGCUCAGAGCAUUAAUUUUGCGCAUCUGCCAUGUUUUGUUUCUAUCUCACCUGAAGUGUCCUGCACCACCAGUUCAGACCUGAUAACCAAACACUGAAGGAGAAGCUCACUGCUUCCACAGAGAGAGAACAGCUGGCGUCCUUGAUACUGUUCUCAGUUCAAACUUUAGGUUUAACCUCUUCAAGAACUUCUCAUUCUGUGUUAGAAGUGUUUGAAAAGAGAUUCAUUUUGGAAUUCCUCACAGUAUGUUUACAAGAACAAAGAAUGUGUCUCUGUAGAUAUACAGGAUUUAGUCAUCUGCUGUUGUUUUUGAAUGAUAUAGUUUAUUCUAAUUGUUGGAAUGACCCUGUUUUUAUUUGACUUGCUUCUAUUUAAAGCACAUUAGAUAUUCGUUCAAUAAAGAUCUGUUUAAAUGCUG